AGAAGCAGAAGCAUCAUGGCUAGUACAACGACUCUUGCUAUUUUAAUGGCACUUGCUACUCAGACGAUCUACACAAACGCGGCUGCGUACGGAUAUGGCGGAGCAGUGGGAUAUGGAAGCAGUCAAGGAAGUUCUCAGUCACAUCAUGAUACUCAUUCCAUUGAUUCGGAUCGCUACCCUGGGAAUGAUAAUUUUGUUCGACGAACAACUCACUCUUCAAGAAACGACGAUUCGGUUUGGCAAAGCAAUGAUCGUGAUGAAAACUCACGUCAGCAUGGACAUGGUGGUCAUCAAUCAGGAAACUGGGAAUCUGGUCGUCAUUCUUCAGAAAAUAUUGAACGUGGCCACCAAUCAGGAUAUAGUCAGCAAUCAGGAAAGAAUAGCUAUAGCCAUUACUGA